AUGAAACCAAAUGGAAAUCUGGAUCUACUGGAAAGAAUGAAAAGCACUGGCAAUGGUAACUACGUAGGUAAAUAUAUAAUUGAAAAAAGCAUCAUCAAGAACAAGGAGGGCAUGGAGACCAAGUUGUUAACGGCCCGGUCCCAUGCACUGGUGACCUUCAAGGAUGUACUUGUGAACUUCACCAGGGAGGAGUGGAAGCUGCUGGAUACUGCUCAGCAGAUCAUGUACAAAGAUGUGAUGCUGGAGAACUAUAAGAACCUGGUUUCCUUGGGGCAUCAGCUUCCCAAACCAGAUGUGAUCCUUCAGUUGGAGAAAGGAGAAGAGCCGUGGCUGGUGGAGAGAGGGACUCACCGGGAGACCCACCCAGAUUUGGACACUGCGGUUGAAAUUAAAUCAUCAGUGUCCAGUAAGAGCAUUUCUAAAGAUAAACAAUCCUAUGGCAUUAAAAUGGAAGGAAUCCCAAAGAACGAUCUCUGGUAUUUGUCAUUAGAAGAAGUCUGGAAGUGUGAAGACCAGUUGGACAAGUAUCAGGAAAAUCAGGAGAGACAUUUGAGGCAAGUGGCAUUCACCCAAAAGAAAGCACUUAAUCAGGAGAGAGUCUGUGAAAACAGUAAAUAUGGGGGAAAUUGUCUUCUUCCUGCUCAACUAGUGCUGAGGGAGUAUUUCCACAAACAUGACUCACAUACUAAAAGUUUAAAACAUAAUUUAGUUUUUAGUGGUCAUCAGGAAAGCUAUGCAAGUCAUAGUAGUGAAUGUGGUCAAACCUUCUGUCAAAAUAUUCAUCUUAUUCAGUUUGCAAGAACUCAACCAGGAGAUAAGUCUUACAAAUGCCCCGAUACUGUCAACUCUCUUACCGGUGGUACAUCCCUUGGUGUAUCGAAGGGCAUACAUAGGGAGAAACCAUAUGAAUGUAAGGAGUGUGGAAAAUUCUUUAGCUGGCGUUCUAAUCUUACCAGGCACCGGCUUAUUCAUACUGGAGAAAAACCCUAUGAAUGUAAAGAGUGUGGAAAGUCUUUCAGCCGGAGUUCUCACCUCAUUGGACAUCAGAAGACUCACACUGGUGAGGAACCCUAUGAAUGUAAAGAGUGUGGAAAGUCCUUCAGCUGGUUCUCUCACCUUGUGACCCACCAGAGAACUCACACAGGAGACAAACUGUACACGUGCAGCCAGUGUGGGAAGUCAUUUGUUCACAGCUCCAGGCUCAUUAGGCACCAGAGAACUCAUACUGGAGAGAAACCUUAUGAAUGUCCUGAGUGUGGGAAGUCUUUCAGACAGAGCACACAUCUCAUUCUGCAUCAGAGAACUCAUGUCAGAGUGAGGCCCUACGAAUGUAACGAGUGUGGGAAGUCAUAUAGCCAGAGGUCUCACCUUGUGGUGCACCACAGGACUCACACGGGACUGAAGCCCUUUGAGUGUAAAGACUGUGGAAAAUGCUUCAGUAGAAGCUCUCACCUUUUCUCCCAUCAGAGGACGCACACUGGAGAGAAACCAUAUGAAUGCCACGACUGUGGGAAGUCCUUCAGCCAGAGUUCUGCCCUCAUCGUGCAUCAGAGAAUUCAUACUGGAGAGAAGCCAUAUGAAUGCUGCCAGUGUGGGAAAGCCUUCAUCCGGAAGAACGACCUUAUUAAGCAUCAGAGGGUUCAUGUUGGGGAAGAGACCUAUAAAUGUAAUCAGUGUGGGAUUAUCUUCAGCCAGAACUCUCCGUUGAUAGUACAUCAAAUAGCCCACACUGGAGAGCAGUUCUUAACUUGUAACCAAUGUGGGACAGCGCUUGUUAAUAGCCCUAACCUUAUUCGAUAUCAGACAAAUCAUAUUAGAGAGAAUACUUAUUAA